AUGAGGUCUCUCGUGGUGUUACUUGCAGUCUUCACUGUGGCCCAGUGCAGUGGGAUCUUCAGGAUCCCUCUGCACAAAGGCAAGUCGGUGAGAAAGGCCCUGAAGGAGCGAGGGCUCCUGGAGGACUUCCUGAAGUCACACCCCUAUGCCAAGAACAGGAACUUCUCCAACUUCGGGGAGGUGGCCAGAGAGCCCCUGUUCAACUACCUGGACUGUCAGUACUUUGGGAAGAUCUACAUCGGGACCCCGCCCCAGGAGUUCACUGUGGUGUUCGACACGGGCUCCUCGGACCUCUGGGUGCCUUCUGUCUACUGCAAGAGCGAUGCCUGCCAAAACCACCACCGCUUCAACCCGUCCAAGUCCUCCACCUUCCGGAACCUGAACGAGCCCCUGAGCAUCCAGUAUGGCACGGGCAGCAUGGAGGGCAUCCUGGGCACUGACACCGUCACUAUCUCCAACAUUGUGGACUCCCACCAGACUGUGGGCCUGAGCACCCGGGAGCCUGGGACCGUCUUCACCUACUCCCAGUUCGACGGGAUCCUGGGGCUGGCCUACCCGUCUCUUGCCUCCGAGUACUCCGUGCCCGUGUUUGACAACAUGAUGAAACAGCACCUGGUGGCCCAAGACCUGUUCUCAGUUUACAUGAGCAGGAAUGACCAGGGAAGCAUGCUUACGCUGGGAGCCAUCGACUCGUCCUACUACACAGGUUCCCUGCAUUGGAUCCCCGUGACCGUGCAGGAGUACUGGCAGUUCACUGUGGACAGCGUCACCGUUGAUGGUGUGGUCGUGGCCUGUGAUGGUGGCUGUCAGGCCAUCCUGGACACGGGCACCUCCAUGCUGGUCGGGCCCACCAGCGACAUCCUCAACAUCCAGAAGGCCAUUGGAGCCACACAGGACCAGUUUGGCAUGUUUGACAUCGACUGCAGCAGACUGAGCAGCAUGCCUACGGUGGUCUUUGAGAUCAACGGCAGGAAGUACCCACUGCCCGCCUCCGCCUACACUAGCCAGGACCAGAACUUCUGCACCAGUGGCUUCCAGGGUGACGACAGCUCCGAGCAGUGGAUCCUGGGGGAUGUUUUCAUCCGGGAGUAUUUCAGCGUCUUUGACAGAGCCAACAACCGCGUGGGGCUGGCCAAGGCCAUCUGACCGCACGGCUGACCGCGGACCACGCUGCCCCAAACGCACACGCACGCAUGCACAUGCAUCAGGUUG